GCCGCUUCCCGCUUAGAGAGGCCGUUCCGGCGGGCCGCGGGGCAUGCCGGGAUAGGGCCGUUUCUCGUUGACCUGCGUCCGGCCGCCAUGGCGGCGCCGCUGGUUCUCCUGCUUUUCCUUCUCCUCGGGGUGAUGGUGGCGGGAGGCGACGCGGGGCUCGCCUGGGACGCGGCCGGUUACCUGCUCUACUGUCCCUGCAUGGGCCGGUUCGGGAACCAGGCCGAACACUUCUUGGGAGCCCUGGCCUUCGCCCGGGCCCUCAACCGGACCCUGGCUGUGCCACCGUGGAUCGAGUACCGCCAUCACCGCCCGCCCUACACCAACCUGCACGUCCCCUACAUGGAGCACUUCAAGCUGGAGCCGCUCCUGCAGUACCACCGCGUUAUCAGCCUGGAGGAGUUCAUGGAGAAGCUGGCGCCCGUUCACUGGCCUCCUGGCAAGCGGGUGGCUUACUGCUUUGAAGCAGCAGCUCAGAGAAGUGCUGACAAAAGCACUUGUCCCAUGAAGGAUGGAAAUCCAUUUGGUCCCUUCUGGGAUCAGUUCCAAGUGAAUUUUGAUAAGUCUGAGCUCUUCAAGGGAAUUUCCUUCAGUUCUGCAUACAAGGACCAUUGGAUCCAAAGGUUUUCACCGUCUGAGCACCCUGUACUCGCCUUACCUGGAGCUCCGGCCCAGUUUCCAGUCUUAGAGGAGCACCGGCCCCUCCAGAAGUACAUGGUGUGGUCUGAUGAAAUGGUGAAGAAAGGAGAAGCCUAUAUUCAUUCUCUGCUGGUCAGGCCCUACGUAGGAAUUCACCUGAGGAUCGGCUCAGACUGGAAAAAUGCUUGCAAUAUGUUAAAGGACGGGACAGCCGGGCCGCACUUCAUGGCUUCACCUCAGUGCGUGGGCUACGACCGAAGUGCUGCGGUCCCUCUCACCAUGGACAUGUGCCUGCCAGACCUCAAAGAGAUCAAGCGUGCUCUCAAGCUCUGGGUGAAAAAGACAGAGGCUAAAUCUGUUUAUAUCGCUACAGAUUCUGAGCCCUACACGACGGAAAUACAGCAGUUCUUCCAAGGAAAGAUCAAGGUUGUUAGCUUGCAGCCAGAAGUGCCUCAGAUUGAUUUGUAUAUUCUUGGCCAGUCCGAUCAUUUUAUCGGGAACUGUGUCUCUUCGUUUACUGCCUUUGUGAAAAGAGAGCGCGACGUGCACGGAAAACCCUCUUCAUUUUUUGGCAUGGACCACCCACCAAGAUUACGGGAUGAAUUCUGAUCGAAAGAGGAACAAGCUCCGUAGUUUUCAGGGCUCCGAGCUUGGUACUUUGCUGAGGGACCACUUGGUGCUAACAGUGUUCUCCUGCCCGCAGAGCACGCUGUCGGGCUGCCGCAGAGCUGCUUCAGCCCGUGAUACUCCUCACUGACUGUUCUGUCUGACUUCUCCUGUAUUUCCAGCAUGAGGUCAGCCAGAAAAGUAAUUUUAAAUCAUGUAGUUUAUAGGGAACUAUAAACUAUAUAUAGUUUUUAAGAUGUAGUUUAUAUAGUUCUCCAUUGUCAGUAUUUGGGAUUUGCCAGCAAUCAUGAUGAAGCAGCUGCUCAGAUUUCCUCUUUUCCAUAUCUUUUUUUUUUUUUCCGUUAAAUCUUAAAUUUUACCUGGAAAUGUUUUGAAAGCUUCUUGUCCAAAACUGACCAUAAAUUCUUUUUUAAGUGCGAAGUGUUGCCAGGAAUAUCACAUUCCCUGGAAAGGAGUGCAAGAUAAACCUCAGGACAAAAAAAUUAGAAGAUCUAGGUUUUAUCAAGUACCGCUGUUGCCUUACUAGAGCUGUGUCACCUCAGUGCCUCAGUUUCCAUUCCCCUGUCAAUAGAUGUUUCAUAUCUGCUUCGCAGCAGAGCUGUGGGGCACGCGGAUCUCUUCACUGGUGCUACUGAAGCGCAACAGGGGCGUGUUUUAAUGUGGCAGCUGCCUCUUCAGCCCGUCUUUGUAUGGAACUGGGGAGCAGGCACUUGCAGGGCCACAGGCGGGAGAUCAUCUGUAGCCUGUUGAGAGUUGGAGAUUUAGGGCUUGUAGCUUUGUAGCUGUUGGUGUCAGGUGGAGGUCUGUGGUAGAAAUGGAACUGGUUUUAAGCUAGGACUUUUAAUGUAGCCAUAAUGAGGUUGGUGUACGUGAUACCUAGGUCUAUUUUAAGGGUUUAUGUGGGGUUUUUUGUCUAUUUUUGUACUUUGUGAAGUAACCCCUCUGACAACAGAACCCCUGUCUGUGGGGGUAGUUUCCAGUGGGGAGAUAACUGUGGAAAGCAUGCACUGACGGUGAAACGGCAGCCCCAAACCCCUUAGUUUGGCCCAGUGCAGCUCAGCGCUGGUAACACUGGUAAUCCCAGCGUGGUGAGACUCAACUUGACCAAUGCCUUUUGGUACUCCUGUGAUUUUUAUAUACAUAUUUUCAUUUAUUUUUUUUUCUCCCAAAGACUGAAUACAGAAUGUACUGUUUCUUUUUUUAAGAACACACCUUAGGUGAGUCUGUGGUACCAGGGCUGGCUGCCUCCAGUGCACUGUUACGGCCUAAAUGCUGCUGUGUCUGACCAGUUACUGGGGUUUAAGGCUAAAUAAAUGUCUUUGAUGGUGGUUUUUUUCCUGCUUGGAAUGUUCCUGAGCUUUAAAGGAGUUUGAAGGCUCAAGGGAGUGAGCAAAAGAGAGCUCAAUGAGACGGUACCUGAAAUGUCAGGGUGGCAGAGACUCAUGUCUUGUUUCCUCGUUGCUGGCUUUCAGAAAUUUUUGGGAUUUGGUGGUUUUGGGACCUGUGGCCGCAUCCUGGUGGAGCAGGACACCUGCAGGCUCCUCGCUUAGUGAUGUUGGAUGGUGCUGUCAGGGCCGCCUCGCCUCACUGCAGGGCAAGCGCAGCCUUUCCGCACAGUAUUGGGAAAACAGUGUAUUAAAAAAAAAAGUUUUGUGGUUUGUGUUUUUUUUUUUUAAAAGAAAAAUGUAAUUUUUGUAAUAAUAAAAACCUGCUUUUGUAGUCA